AUUGUCACCAGUAUACAAACAGGAGCUGUGAGGAGUGCCUGAAAAAUGUCACUUGCCUGUGGUGUGCCAGCAGCAGGAGGUGCAUGGCGUACCCGGUGCGAAGGAUCCUGCCGCCCGCCGACCUGUGCGAGCUCAGCUCUGCGCGCUGGGGAGUCUGCUGGGUGAACUUUGAAGCCCUGAUCAUUGCGAUGUCCGUGGUGGGGGGAACACUCCUUAUCACCUUGGGCGUCUGCUGCUGCUGCUGCUGUUGUAAGAAAAAGAGCAAAAAGCCAGACAAGGAUGAGGAGAGAGCUGCCAGGGAGCGGGAGAAGAGGCGCAUGCGGCAGGAGGAGAGGAGAGCAGAGAUGAAAUCACGGCAUGACGAAAUCCGAAGGAAAUACGGCCUGUUCAAGGAAGAGAAUCCUUAUGCAAAAUUUGAGAAUUAG